AUGAGAAGUGACAGCAGGCAGCUUUUCAAGCAGCCCAAACUCACACCACAAAACCACAAGUUCUAAAAAUAGAUGUUCAACAGAUCCUUGAAGUGCCUCAGCAGAUCCAAGUGCUUAACCUGCUUGAUUUCCGAUCAGUGGCGACUUUCCCUGGGGCUUAAUCAGAUAAAAUAUAAGCAAGCAAAACCUGGUGAGGAAGGGCUGGGACAGGGCAGGGGAACAGGCUGGAUUUAUUUGCUUUUAAAAAAUAAAGUUAAUUUCUCAUUCACUUAUCCCACUGCAAAUUUUCUGUCCCUUUCAGGUAACAUCAUUGGUUCUGGGAUCUUUAUAUCACCGAAAGGAGUUUUGGAGCACACUGGCUCGGUGGGACUGGCUCUCAUUAUUUGGGUGCUCGGCGGCGGGGUCGCUGCCCUGGGAUCUCUGUGUUACGCUGAGCUGGGAGUUACCAUCCCCAAAUCAGGAGGGGACUAUUCCUACGUCACAGAGAUCUUUGGUGGGCUAGCUGGGUUUCUGCUGCUCUGGAGUGCAGUGCUUAUUAUGUACCCUACGAGUCUGGCUGUCAUCUCGCUGACCUUCUCAAACUAUGUCCUGCAGCCCGUGUUCCCUAACUGUAUUCCCCCCUAUAAUGCCUCUAGGAUCCUCUCCAUGGUGUGUUUACUACUCCUGACCUGGGUGAACAGCUCCAGCGUCCGAUGGGCAACACGCAUUCAGGAUAUAUUUACAGCAGGAAAACUCUUAGCCUUGGCCCUUAUCAUUACUGUGGGCUUCAUACAGAUCUUUAAAGGAAACUAUGAAGAGCUGACACCAAGCAAAGCAUUCAAUUUUUGGAUGACUCCAUCUGUGGGGCAUUUAGCAUUAGCUUUCCUUCAAGGGUCGUUUGCAUUUAGCGGCUGGAACUUCUUGAACUAUGUAACAGAAGAGUUGGUUGAUCCCCGCAGGAACCUACCUCGUGCCAUAUUCAUAUCCAUCCCAUUGGUGACAUUUGUGUAUACGUUCACCAACAUUGCAUAUUUCACUGCCAUGUCACCCCAAGAGCUCUUGUCCUCCAACGCUGUGGCGGUAACAUUUGGUGAAAAGUUACUGGGCUAUUUUUCCUGGGUUAUGCCAGUCUCAGUGGCCCUAUCUACAUUUGGAGGAAUAAAUGGAUACCUUUUUACCUCAUCAAGGUUAUGUUUCUCUGGUGCCCGAGAAGGCCACUUGCCAAGCUUGCUUGCCAUGAUCCAUGUGAAGUACUGCACACCCAUCCCUGCCCUGCUCGUCUGUUGUCUGGCCACUCUUAUCAUCAUGCUUGUCGGAGACACGUACACACUAAUCAACUAUGUGUCAUUUAUUAACUACCUCUGCUAUGGAGUGACAAUUAUAGGCCUGAUCGUGUUACGCUGGAAGAAACCCAAAAUCUUCAGACCUAUUAAGGUGAACCUCCUCAUUCCUGUCACUUACCUGGCAUUUUGGGCAUUUCUGCUGGUCUUCAGCCUAUACUCCGAGCCAGUUGUCUGUGGAGUCGGACUCAUUAUCAUUUUAACUGGAGUGCCUGUGUUUUUUCUUGGAGUCUACUGGAGAAAUAAACCAAAGUGUGUAAAUAGGCUAAUAGAGUCGGUGACGUGCUGGGGACAGAAGCUGUGUUUUGUGGUGUACCCCCAGGGUGGGGCGGCCGAGGAACCUGCUGCCCACUGCCACCUGCCUGCCAGCGACAAGUCCCCAAGGAAAUAGCAGAGCAGCCUCUGGGGCCAAGGGGGCUUCUUGUUUACAUGCCCAUUUUUGCAAAAAGAUUUUCUGGAAUUAAAAAAAAAAAAAGUUUUAGCGAAUAGUGAGCUACACACUUCAUGACAUCUGUAGCUUUUAGUUUUUCCCUAAGAAAAAAGAAAGGAAAAAAAAAAACAGAAAUAAAAUAUGAAAUAAGGUACUGGUUGUUUCUUUUUUGGCAGCACACUCGCUCAGCGGGGAAACGCAGCACAACUACAGCUCUGAAAUACUGAUUCUAGCAGCCAUAAGGGACUGUUUGAGACUGAGAGAUUGGGGCAUGUAAAAGCAUUACUGAAGUUCCCCAUCACAAAACCACAAUGAAGAAAGCCAGGGGAGAGGAGACGUGGGGGCAACCCUGCUGCUGCCCCAGCAUAGGCACAGCCCAAAGGAUCAUUUCUCCGUAGGACAGCUGGUGGGGCUGUCCCACCCACACAGCCAGGGCUGCAAGGAACAGGGGAAGCAUGUGGGACAUGAACAACCCUAGGUUAUUGUACAAAAGAAAUCAGCAUGAGCAUUCAGACAUCAUUUGGUGUGAUAAGACCUCAAACAUCUUCAUUUUUGAAACAUUUUUGCUUGA